ACGAGCACAUGGCCAUAAUCAGAAAAAAAAUGCCAGGCUUGUGAAUGUUGUUGAGGUGAUUGUUCCUACCAUGCUCACAUACCUUUUGAACCUUUUGAAACAUUAAUUACUUGUUGUAAUGUCAGCUGCGAUUAUUGUUGCCGCAGUCGUCGGCGGUGGAAUAUUGCUAAUUGUCCGUAGAAUGUUCCCUCGAAAGAAAGCCGCACAGUUGCUUCCGUACCCUACCGAUAUGAUGCGUGGAAAGACUGUUAUUGUGACCGGAGCUAACAGCGGCAUAGGGAAGGCCGUAGCCGGGGAGCUGCUCAAACUCCAGGCCCGGGUCAUCAUGGCCUGUCGGGACCAGCAAAGGGCUAAGGAAGCGGCACUGGAGAUCAAGAAGCAAGCAGGGCCAGAGUGCGGGGAGGUUGUCAUCAAACAACUGGACCUCGCCUCACUUCAGUCUGUUCGGUGCUUUUGCGAGGAGAUUCUGAAGGAAGAACAAAAAGUUGACGUGCUCAUUAAUAACGCUGGCAUCUACCAGUGUCCCUACACCAAGACAGAGGAGGGCUUCGAGAUGCAACUAGGGGUCAACCACCUGGGCCACUUCCUCCUGACCCACCUCCUCCUGGACCUCCUCAAGCGCUCCUCUCCCAGCCGCGUGGUCGUGGUCUCUUCCAAGCUCUACAAGUACGGCAGCAUCAACUUCAAUGACCUCAACAGUGAGAGCGGCUACAACAAAGCCUUCUCUUACAGCCAGAGCAAGCUAGCCAAUCUACUUUUCGCCCACGAGCUGGCCAGGCGCCUGAAGGACGAGGGCUUUACCGGGGUCACCGUGAAUGCCCUCACCCCGGGUAUGGUUAGGACCAGGCUGGGCAGGCACAUCCACAUCCCCUUCCUGGCCAAACCGCUUUUCUACCUGGCCUCGCUGGCCUUCUUCAAGAGCCCACUGGAGGGUGCUCAGACACCUCUCUACCUUGCGUGUUCCCCCGACGUGGAGGGCGUGACUGGCAAGUGCUUCGCCGACUGCGAAGAGGAGGAGCUGUUGCCCAAGGCGACGGACGAUCACGCGGCCAGGAAGCUGUGGGACCUGUCUGAGACUAUGGUGGAGAUCAGGUCUUUGUAAAAAAAAAAAAAAAAAACUCAGAAGGAAACGGGAUCCAGACUGUUGAUCAAAUCAACGGGGGGGGAGUGGGGGAGGGCCACAGUGGGUGAAGUUUCCACUGUUUUUCAUGAACUGUUUGUGUGCACGUCUGUGAGAGAUGCGCAGAUAAUGUGGGGAUGGCGUGUGAAUGUGGUUGAUGAGUGUGCCCGCAGAGAGUGCUAACAAUAUGAGCGCGAUACCUGUGAAAUAGUGAAAGUCCAUUGAGGAUUUUCUACCUGCAGUGUUCCAUGUAUGUGCAUUUAAGUAAACAAGUCGCCGUGGGAACCGACUAGGCUGUAAGAACUGUAAUUUCAUCAGCGCUCACUGAGUCACUAGUUCACACAGUCAAAGUGUAGGGGAGCUAAUUCCUAGUAGCCAUUAUCAAAGGGAAGCUAGACUGACGUAUUUUGCUUUUAUGCGGUGCUUAGAUGAUUGGUUAUAGUGCUAUAGAAAUAUUCCGGCAGGGUUCAAAAGGAAACGGUAUCUAGUUCGGCAGCUGUAUAUAACUAAGGCAGCUAAGCUCAUGCAUACUGCAUCAUGCAUUUGGCAGUGGCAAAAAGGAAUAGCAGACUGGUUGUGUUGUGUUGCCUAAUCCAGUUUUCUCAAAAAGUGUUUGAAGUGGAAAUGUGUUGUCAUCCGCUGUGAUUGGAUGGACGCGAACAAUAAAGGUUCAUAUCCAGUGGGA